CUAAAAACCACCCCUUGCCUUUGCCUAAUGUUGCCUUCCGUUCGUUGUUACGCUCUCUAUCUCUUCUUCCGAUCUAACCUAAAGAAACAGAGAAACCAUUCGCUUCUACUUCAAUCGGGCCAAGCCGACACAUGUUCUAAUCUACACCGUCGUACACCUCUUCUAAUCUCAUUGGUGCUUCCCUCUCCACCGCCUACAACAAGAUGACAGAAUACCCCACAUUAUUCAAUCAACAGGUAGAUUUUAGGGCUUUCUCUUUCUGAGUUUAGGGCUUUCACUUCCAUCUUUCGUUUUCAACCGUCGACUUAAAAUUCACCGGCGAUUGUCAAGAGAUUUCUGGUAGAAGUGGAGAUCAAUGGUGGAUCGACUGCGUUCCCCUAUAACGAUGAUCGACUCCGGCUUCUGGAGGAUUUCGUAUGUGCAAUAGAGUUUUGUUUGUGAAAAAACUUGGUGAGGCCGACGACAACCAUCAUGAAGGAUCCAAAGUUCGAUCCAGAAUCAUCCACCUCCUACAAGCCUGUGGAAUGCAACAUCGAUUGCACCUGUGAUAACAACAAAGAACAAUGCAUCUACGAAAGACAAUAUGGAGAAAUAAGUUCCAGCAGUGGUGUUCUUGGUGAAGACAUCAUAUCAUCUGGCAACCAAAGUGAUCUUCAACCUCAGCGAGCAGUUUUUGGUUGUGAAAACAGAGAAACAGGUGAUUUUUACAGUCAACACUCAACAUGCUGA